GUUAGCGCCCCGGGUACCCCGAGCCCCGAGCGCCAUGGCGGGCGCUGGGCGCUGGGUCUUUCCGUCCCUCUGCGCCCCGGGCCUGGGAGCCGCCGAGAGGAGGAUGAGUCCCUGGAGCUUGUUCCUGCUGCCGACCCUCUGCCUUUUGCCCGCGAGCGCAGCCCCACCGCGCGGCGCGCGCGUCUCCGCCGACUGCGAGCUCAAGCCCCAACAAAGUGAGUUGAAUUCCUUCUUGUGGACUAUAAAGCGAGACCCACCGUCUUACUUCUUUGGCACGAUCCAUGUCCUGUACACCCGGGUUUGGGGCUUCAUCCCUGACAGCUCCAAGGAGGCUUUCCAGCAGAGCAGCAUCGUGUACUUCGAGCUGGACCUCAUGGACCCUUACACUGCCUCAGCCCUCACCAGCUGUCAGAUGCUGCCACAAGGUGAGAACCUCCAGGAUGUGCUCCCCAGGGACAUUUACUGCCGCCUUAAGCGUCACCUCAAGUACAUCAAGCUCAUGAUGCCCUCGUGGAUGAUGCCUGACCAGCGUGAUAAGGGUCUCUACGCGGACUACCUGUUCAGUGCCAUCGCGGGCAACUGGGAGCGGAAGAGGCCCGUCUGGGUGAUGCUCAUGGUCAACUCCCUGACUGAAGUGGACAUCAAGUCCCGUGGGGUGCCCGUCUUAGACCUGUACCUUGCCCAGGAGGCUGAGCGGCUGAGGAAACAGACAGGGGCAGUGGAGAAGGUGGAGGAGCAGUGCCGUCCCUUGAAUGGGCUGAACUUCUCACAGGUCAUCUUUGCUUUGAACCAGACCCUCCUGCAGCAGGAGAGCCUGCGAGCUGGCGGCCUUCAGAUCCCCUACACAACAGAGGACCUCAUCAAACACUAUAACUGUGGGGACCUUAGCGCCAUAAUCUUCAGCCAUGACAGCUCCCAGAUUCCGAAUUUUAUUAACUCCACGCUACCACCUCAGGAGCGCAUCACUGCUCAGGAGAGCAUCACUGCUCAGGAGAUCGACAGCUAUUUCCGCUGGGAGCUUAUCUACAAGCGGAAUGAGAGGAUAGGGAAGCGGGUGAAGGCCCUUUUAGGGGAGUUCCCUGACAAAGGCUUUUUCUUUGCCUUUGGAGCUGGACAUUUCAUGGGCAACAACACAGUUCUCCAUGUUCUGCGGCGCGAAGGCUGUGAGGUAGAACACGCCCCUGCUGGACGACCCAUCAGCAAAGAAAAGGCUAGAAAUCCGUCGUCGCAUCCCGCCUCCUCCGCCACCUUGGCUCCGGAAGCGCCUGCCCCGGAAGCGCAGAUACCGGAAGCUGGGUCUGCGGGCAGCUCACUGUGUCCGCCCCACGUGUCUCAGCCUGGAAGGGCCGACCUGCCAGGCGAGGCUCGACGACGACGAAAGUUCCGGAAGAAGCGGAGGCGGCCGCAGCGGAGGCAGCGGCUCCGGCAGUUCAGUGACCUGUGGGUCCGACUGAAGGCGAGUGCUGUGAUCCCACAGCUGCAGGCCCCCAUUGUGGACAGGGGCAUCUCUGCCGAGCUGCGGCUCCCUUGCCCGGGGCUGUCCCCCCACAGCCAGCUGGUGGCCAGCAGUGCCUGCCUGCCUCUCUGGACUCCUGUGUUCUGGGUGCCUGUGCUGGCCUCCCAGACAGAGACACCCCUCCUGUAACAACUGGAGGAGCCAGACCAAGACCCUGACCCCUUGGACUUGAAGGACAGCCAUUCCUGCACUCCACACUCUGGUCUGGCCCUGUUAGGCCCAACCCAAGAGAAGAGACUCAGAAUAAAAGCCAGCGUUGAUUCUUCUUUUCCAAGGAAUGACUUUGGGUUA